UACCAGUUGGGUUCAUGCCCCUAGUAAAAGCAGAGAAGGGAAUAGAUGUUGCUAUUGAAGAGAUUCGAGAAAUGCUUAUGUUUCUUGAGAAGGAAGUCACUGGAAAAGAUUUCUUUGGCGGCAAGACGAUCGGAUUCUUGGACAUGGUUGCAGGAAGUAUGAUCCCGUUUUGUCUGGCUCGGGCUUGGGAAUGUAUGGGAAUUGAUAUGACUCCAGAGGAUACUUUUCCAGAAUUAAACAGAUGGAUCAAGAAGUUGAAUGAAGUUGAGAUCGUCACAUUGAUAGGGCUCAGGUCUCUGGUGAAAUCAGAGAAGAGAAUUGACGUUGCAAUAGAGGAAGUUCGAGAACUUAUUAUGUUGCUUGAGAAUCAAAUCAAGGAAAAAAAAUUCUUCGGCGGAGAGACCAUAGGAUUCUUGGACAUGGUCGUGGGAAGUAUGAUACCGUUUUGUCUAGCUCGGGGUUGGGAAGGUAUGGGAAUUGAUAUGAUUCCAGAGGAAAAGUUUCCAGAACUAAAUAAAUGGAUCAAGAAUUUGAAAGAAAUUGAGAUCGUAAAGGAAUGUAUUCCUGAUAGAGAGAAACAUAUUGAGCACAUGAUGAAAAUUUUCAUUGAUGAACAGGUUGGACCAGUAGCCUUUAGGUCUCUGGCAAUAGCAGAGAAGGGAAAAGAGGUUGCAAUCAAGGAGGCUCAAGAACUCUUUAUGUUUCUUGAGAAGGAAGUCACUGGAAAAGAUUUCUUCGGUGGCGAAACAUUUGGAUUCUUAGACAUGGUCGCAGGAAGUAUGAUCCCGUUUUGUCUUGCUCGAGGUUGGGAAGGUAUGGGAAUUGAUAUGAUUCCAGAGGAAAAGUUUCCAGAACUAAACCGAUGGAUCAAGAAUUUGAAAGAAAUUGAGAUCGUGAGGGAAUGUAUUCCUCCUAGAGAGAAACAAAUUGAGCACAUGAAGAAAGUGGUAGAAAGAAUCAAAUCGGCCUAACUAUAUGUUUGUAUAAUAUAAUCUCGUUUAAUAAAAGUUGUAUACUUUU